AUGGCAUCGGAGGAAGGGGAGGAGGGGGAAGAGGGGGUGGCGGGCCGCCUGCGCGAUCUCUCCGACGCGGAGAAGGCGGAGUUGGAGGGCUUUGUCCGGCAGCAGGAGGGGGAGCGGGAUAAGGGGAUCGCGUCCCAUCAGGCCACGGUCGCGGGCUACUUGGAUCAGCUGCUGCCGGUUGUGCGGACGCCCUACGUGCGGGGGCGCGAUCAGUUCUACCGCCUACGCCACACCGCCGUCGCGAAGGUCGGGAGCGAGACGAUGCUCGCCGUCGUGCGGGGGCCCGAGCGGGUCUACGCCGCGCAGGGCGGCCGCGUGAUCACCACGCAGGUCACCCCCGGCUUUACCAACCUGUAG